AUGAAGGAGAAAAGCUCCCAGCCUCGCCUAGCUCCUGCUAAGAUUCCUCAUCCUUUCAUAGUCGACUCGCGGAAUGCCGGUAUAGCCUCAGCUGAUAUGGAUCUGCUCUUGAAUAAGCCGCCUACCAAGAACACGAACCUGUUUGGCUGGUGGCCACUAUGGCAAGAGGUCGUUCCCCUGGAAGAUGGACGCCCGGACAAGGCUCUGGUCGUGGCGAAUGUGGGCGCUGGACUCAUGAUCGGCAUUCGACAAGGUCUCUCAGCCAUGAUGACCUCGAGCCUGAUCUUCACGACAGCCGACGUGCCUGAGCUCAACGGGAUGUUUGCCUUCGGCAUCAGCAUGAUGUGGCUCUCUUCUGCGAUCUCGGCUGCGUGGUAUGGCGCUUUCGGGCGAAUGCAGGCCGGCCUCAUUGGCAUCAAUGACGUCAUUGGCAUCCUCUGGGGGACGAUGGGGGGUCAGGUAGCAGUUGCUCUGGCGAGUGAACCGGAAAGGAUUGUGCCCACGCAGCUGGCGAUCAUCGCCGUGAGCACCAUCCUGACGGGGAUUGCCUCGAUCGUCUUUGGUCACCUUGGCCUUGGCAAGCUCAUGCUUCUUUUCCCAGCGCCUGUUACAAGCGGGUUCCUGGGCUCCAUCGGCUUCUUCAUCUUCAAGUCCUCCUUGCAGAUCUCUUCGGGCGUGAAGUUCCGCUACCUUUGGCCCCAGGACUUUGAGCAGUUUCUGCAAGUCCAGCCCUUGGCCAGGGUCGCCUGCAUGUUUGGGGCCUUGGUCUUCAUGCGGAAGGUGCCACCCAGGCUUGUGAAGCUUUUCCCGAAGAGUGCCCCGGUGAAGAAGCUGGGGGGGCUUGCCUGUCAGCUUGUGCCGCUCUUCCUCUUCUAUCUGGUGGUGCAGAUAGCAGGUGUGGACAUGAUGGAUCUUUCCGAAGCAGGGUGGACCUACCCCCGACAGGGCUCCUCGCGGCCUUCGGAGUUCUGGCGCGAAGGAAGCUGGGCCGGGGCUAACUGGAACUUCGUCUGGGCCAGUCUACCGUCUAUGGGGCUCAUCGUGAUGAUGUCGGUGCUCUGCACGAUGACCGGGGCACUUGGCAUUGCAGGAAAGUUCCCAACUGGACCUCCGGGAGAUCCGGCGCCCACGGAUGCACUAGACUAUGACCGGGAGCUGCUCACAGUGGGCUGGGUGGACCUUCUGCUGGGCAUGUGUGGUGGCAUCAUCGCCUUUCACCGCCUGGGAAGCUCAGUGCAGCUUCGAAUGGACGGCGGCAGCCACCGCGUGUCCGUGUUUACCUGUGCUCUUUUCUGUGGGGGCCUCUUCCUUUCCGGUGUGCCGAUCGGCUACCUCAUCCCCACAUGGUUCUUGGGAGCACUGUUUAUGAAUAGCUCCAUCAGCCUCGUGGAGGAUGCGCUGCUGUCCUACCGUCAUCUGCCAACCUCAAAGGUGACCUUGGCUGGCGUCCGGCUACCCUCUCCUGAGUACGGUAUCACCCUCGCGUGCAUUGCUGUUGCCGUGGUGUGGUCACCUUUCGCAGGCAUUGGCACCGGGUUGGCACUGAGCAUCUUCGAGUUCUUGUGGCAAAGCUCGCAGGGCACUCCGGUCAGUGGCGUGAGCUCCGGACACCUGAGUAUGGGUCGUACGAAGCGCCCUGUUUGGGAGCUCCGUGUCUUACGAAAGGAAGGAGACCGAAUCGUUCUGCUCUUCCUGCAGGGUCGGCUUUUCUUCGGCUCCGCUGAGCAAGUUUCCCAAGUCUUGAACACCGCCACCGACGACGCCGCGGGGCGCCUGAAGUACUGCGUCUUGAGCUUCUCGCGAGUGAUUGACAUUGACGCAUCUGCCGCCAAGCAAGUCAAGACCUCCGUGGAGAAGGCCUUCCGCAGUGGCGUCCAUGUCUUCUUCAGCCGAAUGUCCCCAGACGUCUUCCAGGAGCUCUCCAUGGCUGGAGCAAUCAAGUCACCGGACCCCGCUCUGCGCCAGGUCCUCCAAGACCGUGGCGUAGACAUCGCCACCGAGGAGCUGAAGAUGUUCGAGGAUUUCGACACAGACUUGGAUGCCGAGUCCUGCCAGGGAACCAGUGGACGGUUGCACCGACGGAUGACAUGCAACUUCCGCCCAUUGGGCGCGGGUGCAUUUGAUGCCUUCGACACCGAGUCGGAUGCCUUGGACUAUUGCAACGAUUUGCUGCUGGGAGAGUACUGCUACAAUGCUCAUGUUGAGGAGUACAAGAGUGCCUAUAGACGAGCGUGUCAGCAAGGCGAGCGGCUUCCCGAGCAAGCGUUUGAAGACAUGAACUUCGUCCCUCGCGGCACACUCGCGAGGCUCCGGCCACUGUGCCAAGUUCGUAAUGGGCUGCCCCAUUAUACGAGCCUUACGCACGACCAAGAGCCCACGUUGUACCUGAUAUUCCGGGGCGCCAUCGCCCAGUUUGAGCAGAUUGGGGAGGACAUCACAGUCGCCAGAAGCGGCAAGCUUCACGCCGAGGUGAAGGGCUUCACUGGAAGAGGCAACAAGCGCUUGAGGGCUCGGUACCCCCCUGGACAUAUCGUGGGAAAGACUUCCUUCUUCCUGCACGGCGAGGAGGGUCUUGUAGAUCACAAGAUGCUGCCCAUGCUGCAGGUAUCAUCACGCAUGUCCGGGUAUGCAGAGGUCUGGGAGCUAACCCGCUCUUCUUGGGAUAAAAUGCCCGAAGACCUCAAGAGCAUCAUGGAGGGGCUGAUGUUGUUUCAGCUGGCGGAUGAUCGGCAGCACUCGCUCCUAAUUGAGUGA